UCAGAGCAUUGUUUUUCUCGUUCGGAGAAGGACAAAUUAUAAACAAGUACGCGGAACUGGAAAACAGGAGGCCUUGUUACAAAUAUAAGUAAGAGAAUUUUAUCCUUUAUUACGGACGAGGACAGCAGUAUUGCUAGGCCAGGGAAGUAAACAAUUUUAAUAGUUAGCAUACAGCCGAGCUAGGCCUCUAAACUCGAGGCAUCUCGACAGAGAAGUGCUAUGCAAACGGGUUAGCUAGCUACCUAGCUAAUCAGGGGAAAAUCAGAUCAGUAAGUUACCAAGCAAUAAUUUUAAACACAGAAACAAGUGCUUGCUGAUCAAUAUAACAUGAAUAAGCCGUCCGAAUGUAGCAGAAAGAGAAGUGCGAGCCCGCGGCUACAGGAGCCCCUGCUGUCCAAACAAGCCAGAGUGGACGGAGAGAGCGAUUUAGACGCGGUUCGGGUAAAGCACAAAAAUGGCGCAUCUGAAAGUAGUAAUGCUUCUGAGCGCUCUGAAAAGACGGUGCAAAACGCAAACGGGACAGGAAACGCCAGCGGGUCUGAAGAGAAGGCUGGAGAUGCGUUUGAAGGCCAGAAGGUGCAGCGCUCAGAUCGGUACACGGCGAUAAUCGCGGCUGAAGCGCUCGCGAGCCUCACGGGUGGCAUGGACCGCGGUACUGAAACGCCAUGUUCAUCCAGACAAGCCCUCGGUGAAAAGCCGGCCAGUAAACCGAGCCGCGGCGAGCUGGAGCGGAGUGCGCGCGCGGAGGACAGCUGCUCGGUAUCCGUGCUGAGAAGUGUCGGUGGAGAGACGCGGGGGCGCGCGCGCUGCUCAGAUGAGGAGGAGGAGGAGGAUGACUCUCUCCCCGGGUCCUCCUUGACAGCCAGCUCGUCUGAUGAUGACGAGGAGGAGGAUGAUCAGGAGCGCGAGGAGUGCGCCAUCAUAUCGGUGCAGAUGGCCCCCGAGCUGCGGCGCUCCGUCGCGCUCUUGGCGCACGUGCAGACCCGGCUGGAUGCCCUGGAGAAGAAGGGCGCGCGCCUCCACCGGCGGCUCGAGCUCAGACUGGUCCGUCAGCGGCGUCCUCACCUCGAGCAGCGCGCCGCCAUCGCGCAGAGCAUCCCGGGCUUCUGGCUCACCGCCCUUCUCAACCACCCUCACCUGUCAGCACAGAUUGAUGAAAAUGAUGAAGAUGCUCUCAGCUACAUGAUCAAUUUGGAGAUCGAGACUUUCAAAAACAACAAACUUGGCUACCGGAUUUGCUUUCAUUUCCGUCGGAACCCAUUCUUUCAGAAUAAAGUCAUAGUAAAAGAGCUUCAUCUUGGAUUGGGAGGGUCGCCAGUUUCUUUCUCAAACCCAAUUGUUUGGCAUCCUGGACAGUCCUUGACAAGAAAUGGAGAACCAAGGCGGAAUUCACGAGGAGUUUACGAGAGUUUCUUCCACUGGUUUGAUGACCAUAGUAGUCCUGGGAUGGAUGAAAUAGCACAGAUCCUGAAGGAUGACCUGUACAAAGACCCUCUUAGGUACUACCUGACACCACUGUGGGAGCCACGGGAAAAUGGCAGCACAUCCAAAGGACCCCAAAACAGUAAUAGAGAUGAAUGUGUGAUCAUCUCAGAUUCAGAUGACGACGAUGAUGAUGAUGAUGAUGAUGAUCAGGAACUGGUCAGCGAAAAUCGACAACAAGAACAGGAAGAUCAGGAUGAUGAGGACAAUGAAGAUGAAGGUCGAGUCCCAGGUGCUGGUGACAGUGACCAAGAAGGUGUGGAAUCUUUCACCGAGGAGAGGCAGGAAGAGGAAGUAGAUAUAGAGGAAGUAGAUGAGGUGCAUCACUCAGCCAGCAGUGAGGUCAGAGAGCUGGGCCAGGAGGAGGAAGACGAAGAUAAUGACGUUAAUAAGGAGGAAGAGGAAAACUAGCAAAAGUAUGCAGUUAAAGAUGGUUAUUCUUCAAGCAAAUUUUGGACUCUUUAGGGCAUUGUUAUUGCAAAUAUCUGUAUCAUGUCUAAGUAUAGCAUCGUGUCAGCUUUUAAAGAAACUGCAAAAAAUUGCUGGUUGUAAUACAAGCUAAUGCAAGAUGACGUCAUUAAUAUUUUGCUACAAAAUACAGGAUGUACAUUAAAAAAACUGGAAAGGUUUAAUAUGAGCUGUUACAUGGUGGUGUAAUUCAUAUGUACAGUCUUUGUGUUGUUCCCAUUCCUAAUCCAGACUUUCACAAUUUUUUCCAAGCAAAUUUAUGGUGGUUAAUGUUAAAAAAAAAAAAAGUGUGUGUGUAUAGAACUCACAUACACUAAUUAUUCUAUCCACGUUCAUUGGAUAUGAGCAUUCACAUGCUCUGACUACUGCUAGGCUCAUAUAGUAGAGAAUAACAAAAUGGUGGCGCGUGUUGCUGAACCAACUGAGGACGGAAUAAAAGCUCUACUUGAAAAUAAAAUACAAACAAAAUAUGGAAUAAAAGUAUUUGAUGGUAAGAACUUUAAUUUUUCAAGAAUUAUUAUCGCAUUUUCCACAAAUUGCUACAAUCAUUUCACCAGUUUACAUUCUAAGCAGAAAUGGUUUUGUUGGACAUUUUGUAUAAAGUUUUUAUUUAUUGAAUUUGCUAAAGAUGAAAAUGCUCUGUUUCUCAAAAUCCAGUGAAUGUGGAUAGAAUAAAACGGUUAUUCCACUCAAUCUCGUCAUACGUGGCUUAUAGCCAACUCAGGGAUACGCGCCUCGUCGACUAUCGGCUCAUGCAUGACUCGAUUUCAUGGAAUAACUAUUUAUACACACAUCCACAGGGUGUUUAAAAAAAUUUGAUAUUAUUUGAGAUGUAAAUAUCCCAGAAGCUACAUAGUCUUGGCAAAUGAAAUUGAACAGGCUUAAUGUUGAGCAAUGUAAGAGUCAUUCCUCAAAAUCUGAAUGAGAAAUUCAAAGGUAUGUGGGUUCCAUGAGCGAUUUCACGAAUUUUCAAUAUGUGCGCUGCCUGAGACACAGACAGCCUUCAUCUUUGAACUUUUUGUGCCGUGUCCAAAUCUGCAUUGCAGUUGGUGCGUUUUUAGAGAACCCUCUCAUAAAUGCACACUGCACAGUCUUAUUCGACUGUAUUCGAGCGUACUCUAACACUCAAAACGCCUUUUCUUUUCCAGUGAAUGGCAUUUCUAUAGCUAAAAAGAUAAAAACAAAAAACAUAAAAUUUUGACUUGUUUCCACACAUGCUGUUAAAAUUUGAGGUCAGUUGAAUGAGAAUUGGCAAAGUUAUUAGACUGUGAAAUGAUAUCAAAUUUUUUGAAACACCCUGUAUAUAUGGCAUGGUCUAGUUUCAGCUAGAUGGGCAACUACUGUAACUCAGUGAUGGAGCCCAGUUAAAAUGUUCUUGUUGGCCUACAGCAUUGCUUGUUUGUUUGUUUUCUCCAUAAUGUGCUUCUGCAGCAGAGUCAGAAGUCUGGAUAGCCACUUUUUAAUUUUCUUCUAUGCAUAAGGAUUUUUAUAACCAGUACAACAAAAUCAAAACCCUUUAACCAGAUUUGUUGGUUGAGUUUGAUAUUUUUUAAGACUGUGGUAAUCAUGCUUCAAGGGUGUGUUCUCAAUCAAUUUGAAAUAGAUGCACCUAGUUCUGAACCAAAACUGGACCACUCAGGGAUGUUUAUUACAGUGGAUUUGUUUGUUUGAUGUGUUUUUAUUGGGUAUAAUAAGAUUUAUUACUUUUGGUGUGAAACUUUUAAGUAAAUUUGUUAAUCAGAUUGAUUUUUUUUGUAAGAAUAAGCAGAUAGAAACCCUUCUGCCACAAGGAACUACUUUUUUCUGUGUAUGGAAGGAAACUUAAUCACUAGUUUGUAUGAUGAUCUGGCAGCUCUGUUUAUAAUAAUGGCAUUCAAAUAGAUGACUGUUGAUACACAUGCAUGCUAUAAGCAGUCACGAGCUAUAAUGAAUCAUAUCCAAUUUUUUGCCAUGAAAAUAAGGAACUCAUUAGACCCGAUGGUGUGAUCUCUAGCGUCAUCUGUAGACUCUUAUGAUACAUUUAUAAAACAUUAAUUAUGCAUUUAUAUGCGUGUGUAGGGCAUUUGUAAUUUUUUUUCCUGUAUUGUCCUCGGAGGCAGCGCUGUUUUCUGCUGUAGCCCUCAUAUUUUGUUUUUAAUUAUUAUUUAUUGGGACCUGUAAUGAAUCUACUGCCACUUGAAAUGAUCAUGCCUUAUCCACACAUACAGCUUAAUUUUUGAUUGAAAUCCUAGAAUACUAAGUUUAACAUCCAAGAUGUUUAUUGUAAGUGUAAUUUCUAACCCUUAAUGAAGGGUUUAUAAUUUGUUAGUUUUGUAACUUUAAAGUGUAUUCGACCUAAAGCACCAGAAGAGAGAGCUAUUUUUGUGUGCUAAAGUUUAUAGCUUAAAAGAUUCACAUAUAUGGUAUGAU